AUGGACAAUGGAGCCGUUGGUUCUGCUGAUUCUCAGUAUUUGAAGUGGGCUUGUUCUCAGUUGCCUUAUAUUUUCAACCCAUAUAAGUUUGAGAUACAACAGUUAGUAACAAAUGAUGUUACACUGCAGGCUGAAAUUGAUGCAAAGUUUGAAAGUAGUACUCCGGUUGAGAAUAGCCUUUUUGGUCUUACUUCAGUGCUCAAAGGAGCUGGCUUGGGAUCAAGUACUAUCCCCCAGUCUCCAAAGGGAAUGGAGGAACAUUUGCAGGGAGCUGAAAUGAUGAAGGUAUGGAUUUUGUGUUUCACCUGCACUUGGUCAAGGGCUAUUAAUUUGAAGGUCUGUCGAGAUUUCAGUGUGAAAGAGUAUUUGAGAGCCUUUCAAUUACAUGUUUUUGAAUAUGGAUUCCCACAGCUUUGUGUUAGUGAUCCAGGCUCGCAGUUGGUGGCAGGAUGGUACAUAAUCACUAGCUUCAUCAAUGAUCCUGACACUAAAUUGUAUUUGGAGUCUAAUGGCAUUGAGCAUGUAAAGUUUCAGCAAUUCUUUAAAGGCCAUAGUGAGCUAGGAUCACUUGUAGAGUCUUGCGUAAAAUUGGUAAAGAAACUUAUUUUUUCAGCUAUUAAAACUUGGGUACUUUCUUUGCCUGAUUUUGAAUAUUUAGUGUGUAAUGUUGUUCAUUUAGCUAAUAAGAGGCCAAUAGCCUUUAAGGAAUCUUUGAGAGAGACUGAGGCAGAUUCUUGUCCAGAGCCCAUAACUCCGGAAAUGUUAGUAAAGGGGUAUGAGAUAGUGUCCUUAAAUAUAAUUCCAGAUUUAGAAGAGGUGCCUGAUGAUCCUGAGUGGAAGAUGAGUAGCAGCCCUACAGAAGUAAUAAAGGAUGAGUAUGCAAAACUUCGUAAGGUUAGGCAUAAUCUUCUAGAAGCUUACCAGAAUGAGUUUUUAAGUACCCUGGUAGCUCAGGCUGUGGACCGCAAGGACAGAUAUAGACCAGUUUGUCACCAGAAGUUGGGCAUUGGUGAUAUAGUACUCAUCAAAGAGCCAAACACUAAAACCAUUAAUUUUCCAUUGGGAAUUGUGAAGGACAUAGAGGAGAAUGAUUUGGGGGAAACUACUGGGGCUAUUAUACUUAAAGGGAAGACUCGUGAGGUGAUUAAAAGACAUGUUACUACUUUAAUUCCUUAUCUUACGGUAGUUCCGGAUGCAUCCUAUCAUUCAGAUAAUGAGGAUAAUCAGAGCUCCCGUAGGUUGUCUAUUAAUGAGAGUUCACCCCAAAGGACUCCCAGGAAAGCUGCCAUUAGGAGCAGAAAUUUGACUAAACUUAUGUUGUAG